AUGUCGGAGUUUCAAUCGUUAAUUAAGAAGUUUAAGUUUCGCAAGAUUCUUGAUUCUAAUCCCCAGAUGAAGGUUAUUUCAUUGUUGGGGCAUAUUGAUGGUAAGGAUGCUAUUGUGACGUUGGAGAAGACUCAUUUUUCUUUUGAUACGAAUACGAAGAAGGAGGAUCAGGAGGAAGUUGUGUUGCACCAUUGUGAGAAUGAGUUUUCUUGUAUAAAGGGGAUCCAAGAAUUGAAGGAGCUUUGUACCAACGAUAUUUAUUUUUGGGGGGUAUCUACUUUGAAGCAGGAUAUUGAUCAGCAUCCUACAGCUAAGAUUAAUUUGAUCUGGCCUGCUACUCCGGUUCACAUUAAGAAAUAUGAGCAGCAACAGUUGCAUGUUUGUAGGGAGACCCCGCAGAUCUACGAGCGGGUUGUGAAACCUUAUAUUGACGAGAUGUGUAAUAAUGGGAGGUUGCAAUGGGUGUAUAAUAUAUUGCACAACGGCGCUGAAUCGGAGCGUAUUAUUUACAAGGACUUUGUUGAAGACAGUCCGAAGGAUGGACUUUUAAUUUUACCUGAUAUGAAGUGGGAUUCUGUGAAUUUGGAUUCGUUAUACUUGGUUGCCCUUGUUUAUCGGGAUGACAUUCGUUCCUUGAGAGACUUACGUCCUGAACAUCAGGAUUGGUUGCGAACUUUGAACAAUAAGAUUCGUAUGGUGGUUCCCGGCUGUUUCAACUACUUUAUCAAGCCUGAUGAGUUAAGAUUGUUUAUUCAUUACCAUCCUUCCUAUUACCAUUUCCACAUUCAUGUGGUGAACGUGAAGCACCCUGGUCUUGGUGACGGUAUUGCUGUCGGGAAAGCCAUUUUGUUAGAGGAUAUUAUUGAGACUUUGAACUAUCUGGGGCCUGAGGGUUAUUCUAACAAGACCAUUAGUUAUGUUAUUGGUGAGAACCACGACUUGUGGAAGAGAGGGCUCAAAGAGGAAGUUGGUAAGCAACUAAUUGCCGAUGGUAUCCCAAAGGGCCCGGAUAUUAUAAACGAUUUUAGUAGAGAGCAAUCUCCAAUGAAACCUUUAGAUAAUAAGAGAUCAAAUUGA